AGUAGUUAUCAGUAAUGCCAGUAAUUACCGAGUGAUGGAAGUGAAAAAAAAAAAAAACAAAUAAAUAAAAUAAAAAGCUGAUGAAAACUAAAAACUGUCAAGACUUUUACAUCAAUGCGACAGUAGUUAUUUAUUAUUACAAAAAAUAUACAAUCGUUGACAAGUAGUCGAAUUAUCCAACAACUGAAACAAAAAUUCGGAUACAGAAAAAAGUGUUUUGGUAUUCAUAUGUUGCAAUGAAUCUCUGGUACGUAAUUUAUGGGGCCGCUAGAAAACUGGGAUUAUCGCAAUCCGCCCCGCACGGGCUUUCAUUAUCAACUGAUUGAUGAUCAAUGGCUUUAUUUGAGAAAAAACACACAAAUAAAGUGUUGUUAGAUGAUACAGAAACAUUGACGAGCGUAAUUGAAAAUGCAAGAACUAUUGAUGGUCAUACGGAAUACGUAAUCAGAACACAGAGAGGUCCUUUACCCGAAAAAUCGUGGCGUGUUAGCAGACGAUACAAUGAUUUUGUACAACUCAAUGGAGCACUUUCUGCAUCGGGCUUGGACCUGCCUUUUCCACCUAAAAAAAUUAUUGGUAAUAUGGAUGUAGAAUUUAUAUCACAACGACAAAUCGCCUUGCAAAAUUACUUGAACGUCGUACUAAUGAAUCCCAUAUUAGCUUCGUCGUUGCCUAUGAAGCAUUUCCUUGAUCCCAAUAAUUAUGCCAUUCCACUACAUGAAAUAGCAUUGCAACAAGUGUCUUUAGCACUAAGAAGUGAUGCCAAUUUUGAAAUCGGAAAGCCGAUAGCGGAUAUGGGAUGGAGGUUAAGGAAACACUAUUACACUGUUAAAAAUCGACAGAAUGUAAAGCAGGAACUGCUUCUAGCUUGGGUGGAAUUCGGACCCGACAAGCACUUGCAUGACAGAGACAUUCACGGUGUCUUCAAAAGUCUCGGAACUCUGAAGCAUAAUUGCAUCGAGGGUAUAGUUCAUCAGCAUGUGUCAGAAAACGGUGCCCUGACAAUUAGAAAUUUUUAUAGCAACGGCACCUUGCGCGACGUUCUCUGUAAUUCGAAACCAAAGCAACCGUUCAUUAAAAAAUACGGUAAUCCAAAGCAGACAAAGUCACUGAUAACAUCGGAAAUUGCAACGUACGCGUAUCAGAUUCUUGAGGCACUGAGUUAUCUCGCUGAAAAAGGGCUGCCUUAUGGACAUUUACACACCGGAAAUGUUCUUAUCACACCAACAGGAGCUAAAUUACUGGAUAUAGAAAAUGGGUUAUUAGGUUUACCAGCAUUCUAUCGCCCUUAUGUCGUUCAACGGCGGAAACUCCAUGCUACAACUCAAGUUGACGUCUAUUCAUUCGGUCAUGUUUUGUAUGAAAUGGCUUUUGGUAGACCGCUUUUGGAGGCAACUUGCACUGACAUUCCCUGCUGUGAUGUUCACCUGAAAAAUCUUUUGGAAGUGAUACUUUCGCCUGAAGCACUGAAACAAGAUCUUCCGACUAUUCCUCGGCUUAUAGAGCACCCGUUCUUUGAAAAUCCAAGACGUGCUUCUGCGUUAUCAGCGGGUAGUAUUGAAAAGCCGCACUUUAAAUUAAGUAGUCAUCUUAAGGAUGCUCUGUUGGAAGCAGCCAAUAAGGCGGAGCAAAGACUGAGAGAUGAACAGAAAGUUGUAAGGCAUCAGAAGAGACUUGUGAAGGUCCAGGAAUUGAUGAGUUCGGAAGAGGAGAUGAAAAAACGAAAACAAAAAUUGAAAAAAGAAACUAAGUUGGCUCAAGAACAACAAUCGUCAAGCCAACAUGCUACUGAAGUUAAACAAAUCAAUGGCAAAAGUCCGGAAAGGUCUGAUAGUCCUACGAGUACAUCCACGACAACUAGCGUUGGUACUUUUACGCCUCCGUCACACGGUUUUACGAAAAUAUCAAGCAACACAACGUCCGUAAAAAAUAAUGAAAAAAACAAUGUGCCAUUCACGGAAGCAUCUAGUGGUGCUGUAGAUACACCAAGUUCAGGUGCGAAUGAUCGGUCUGCCUUAUUAGGCAGUAUAUGUAACUUUAACAAAUCUAAAUUACGUAAAAUUACUAAUGGAAAUAAUUAGCAUUUUAAUAAUUUAACGGCUAUACUGUAUAUAAAUAUAUAUGAUUACAAUAAUAGUGAAGGCUAAAUUUAGUUGCCUAGCCACUGAAGUCAAGUCUUGUCACUUUAAAUAUACAUAGAAAUACUUUCUUCUUCUCUUUAUAAAAGUAAAUCCAAAAAAUAUGUACCUAUAAUAAUAAUUAACGUAAUAGCUUUCACUAUUAAAAUUAUAAAAUAGUUCAUUUUAUCAUAUAGUAAAUAUGCCAAUGAUCGUUAUUAUAAAUAUAAAUUUUUGCAUCGGGUGGGAGAAGGUGUAGCUCGUAGUGGGGGUCGAAAUUCAGGGGAAGUUCCGAGUUAAUGGAGUUCGACUGUACAACUAAAUUUUGAGAUCCGUUUUUUCCGUGUAGAGUUAAUUGAUUUGAUGUUGAUUGAUUUAUUUGAUUUUUAGUUUAAGGCCAUUCUCAGACCCCUCCCCCCACUUUUUAAAAGUAUUCAAUGACUUAAUUAUAAUGACCGUAUUAAAAUUUUGAUUAUAAUUUUUAAAAAAUUAUUCACAGUUUACAUCAAUUAGAAGUUAAACAAAAUUUGGAAAAUAAAUUUCAGUAGAAUCUUCACGUCUAUUUUCGAAUUUUGAAUGUCAAAUUUUUUAAGCUAAAAUUUAUUUACUUAAUAUCGUUUUACUCCUGGUUGAUGACAACUGUGAGAAAUUUUUUUAAAAAACUGUCUCGGUGAAAUUGUGAUUUUUUCAAUUCAUACUUGAAUUUUUUUGAAAUUAAUUAAUUAAGGUCAUUGAAUAUUUUUAAAAAGUGGGGGCACUAUCUGAGGAUGGCCUUAAAAUGUUAUACCCAUUAUAUUGGGAGAUUUGAUAACCAAAAGAAAAUAAGAUUAUUAUUUUUGUUGUUAAUAAUUUAAGAAGAGAAUUCCGAUAAAUAAUAUAUACAAUAGAGUGGUCGUUAAAAAUUAAAUUUUCUCAGGCGCCCUAUAAAAAGCUUCUUUUUAGUGAAAAAAUACGUGGGGAAUUUGGUUUUUCCGUUUUAAGUAAAAAGAACACGUGCCGAAGGAGAAAUCCAAGUUCAUUUUUCGAUACAAACGCGGUUUUUCUUAAAUAUCUCAUGAAAUAUGCAGAUUAACGGAAAAAACUAUAGAAACAAUUUUGUAGGAAAUCAAAUUCUUGACAAAAAAGGUCCUGUUCAUUUUUUUUAUUGAACGUGUAUUUAUGGAGAUAUUUUAAAAAAACUUUCUUAGAUCUUAUCAAUUGGGCAUUUUAAGGAUAACGAAUGUUAAAAAUGAAGUUUUUUCUUAAAUAUAAACAACUUCGUAACUCGUAACAUCAAUUAUCAAUGCUUGUUACAGUUUGUAUAUACUUAGAAAAAUGUUAUUAUCAAAAUUUGUAAUCCUUAAAACGCUCAAUUCAUCAGAUCUAAAAAAAGUUUUUUUUUUAAAUAUCUUCAUAAAUACACAUUUUAUUAAAAAAAUGCACAUGACCUUUUUUGUCAAGAAUUUAAUUUCCUACAAAAUUGUUCCUAUGAUUUUUUCUUUUAAUCUCCAUAUUUCAUAAGGUAUUUAAAAAAAAAAGCGAUGGUAUCGAAAAAUUAACUCUGGCACGUGUUCUUUUUACUUAAAACGAAAAAACCAAAUUCCCCACGUAACAGAAGUUUAUUAUGGGGUGUCUGAGAAAAUUUAAUUUUUAACGACCACCCUAAUAUACAAUAAUAAUUAUUUAAGGUGUUUACGAACUGUAAUUGUACUAUCGCCGGUUGCUAGUCGUCCGCUAAACGGGUGAAUAAUAAAUAUCCAUUUUUCCGAUAAUCGGACCAUUCAUUUUUUUAUCUCGACCGAUAAUCGGAUGAUUAAUUUGUUUUACUCGAUAUAAAUAUUUUCUAUUCGUCUGAUAAAAAAAUAAAAAUAAAAUAAUCGUAAGUUAUUUGUUUGAUUAUCGUAUUAUCGUAUGAAUAAAAUAAAUUAAUCGUCCGAUCAUAAGACGAAUAAAUAUUUAUCAUUCAUACGAUUAGCGGCUUAGACGCAGUAAAAAUUAUCAUGUUAUCAUUUAUUUUACACAGAUAAGUUUUUAGUACGUCAUGUUUUUCGUUUUUCAACGUCAUGAUAUUUUUACAAAAUAGUAAAAUUCUCAGAAAUGAAUAUGCAUGUUUUUAAAUUUGUUAUUUAAAGUGUUGAAAAAUAUUUAUUUUUAUGAAUAUUUUUCAUUACUUAUAACUUGAAAAUUUUCAGUUUUAUUUUGAGUUCCAUAAAAUUUUUUUAAAUCCCAUAAUUUUAUUUAAAAACUAAAAAAAAUUAUAUGGCUUUAAUUUAAUAAGAAUAAUUUUUCGGCCAAUUUUCAGUCUCUUUCAAUAAAAUUUUACUGUAAAAAAUUAGCGGAGUAAAUCUGGAGUAAAUGCGGAGCACGUGACUGUUUAUUUAUUUAAUCCUCGCGUAAAAAUUACUCCAAUGAGGGUAUGAUUUAAAAUUGAAAUUCCAGGAUAGAGUGAAAUUAUGAUCCUGAAGUUAACAGACAAUUAAUAAUUUUAGGAUUUUUUUUUACAAGAAAUUUAUGAGAAAAUAAAAAACUAAAAAAAUGCACAUGUAGAAAAUUUAAAUAACUAUACGUGCAAUUUUUCAAAAUAUUUUUUUUUUAAUUAUUUAUAUUUAAAAAAAAAAUCCAAAAAUUAUUUGACGUCGGCUAACUUCAGUAUCAUAGUGAAAUUCACUCCUAAAAAAAGUUCAGUUUAAUUUCAAAAUUCGGAAUUGGAGUGAAUGCGGAUUGAAAUGAAAUCUAGUUCACUCUGAAUUUACUCCGCUCAAAAAAAUUCUCUAUUUACUCCAUAUGCGGAGUGAUUUUUUAUAAAACUCCGAGUGACAGAUUGAAUUAAAAUCCGUAAUCACUCCUAAUUUUUUACAGUGUACAGUUUCGGCCAAAUAUUUUUGCCAGAUAUUUAUAAAUAAUGUUCCCAUUAAUAUUAAAAAAUGUUAUGUUUCAUAAAAUAUUAUUUAUAUAUAUUUAGAUAAUAAAUAUAACAACACAAUUAGAUCUCGUAAACAUCGUAAAUAAGAAUAAAUCUAAUAUAUAUAUAAAAUAUGUAUUUAUUAUAUAUUCAAUCCAUGAACAUUAAAAAAUAUACAUAUAUAUAU